UUCCAGUGGGGAAGGAAAUCAACUUUAAGAACAACUGAGGCAAACUUCACCUGCAGGACUCUGCUGCUCGUCCCUGGGAUUAAAUACAAAUUUCUUCUGUCGGAUUAAAAUAAUUUUUUCCCCACUGACUGUAAUGACGCCGUCGUGUCGCGUCAUGACGCACUCCAAUUAAACCUGGUUGUUGUAAAUGGAUCCACUGGUUCAGCGCGAGCAUGGCGAAAUGAUGUGCAAAAGUCAACUGAAGUGAAGUGGACUCAGGACUGUCACUCAUUAGUUCAUGUUGAGAAUCCGACUGUUAACCUGAACGAGCUAACCAGACAUCAUGGCUGGAGACGACCACUACCUUCAUACUUCCAACCAGAUUUUAGACAACAUCAUGAUGGAUCCAUCGUGGGAGUUCACACCUUUCCCUGUGAUGCAUCAGACCCCGUCUGUGCGGACAGUGGACGGACCGUUCCUGCAGAUCACAGAGCAGCCCAAACAGCGCGGCUUCAGGUUCAGGUACGGCUGUGAAGGUCCGUCUCAUGGCGGUCUGCCAGGAGCCUCGAGUGAGAAGAACAGGAAGACUUACCCCACCGUCAAGAUCUGUAACUACCAGGGUCCGGCCCGGGUGGUGGUCCAGCUGGUGACGGCGCUGACCCCCGUCGCUCAGCUCCACGCUCACAGUCUGGUGGGAAAACAGUGCGACAAAGGGAUCUGCAUCACCGACCUACAGCCCAAAGACUGCAACAUCAGUUUUCCUAACCUGGGGAUCCUUCAUGUGACGAAGAAGAACGUGGCGAAGACUCUGGAGGAGAGGAUGAUCGAGGCCUUCAGGCUGGGAUACAACUGUGGAGUCUCCAUCCACCCCGAAAUCGAUGUCCUGCAGGGGGAAGUCCGAGUCCCCCGAGACCUCACUGACCACCAGCGCAGUGUGAUCAGCAGCGCGGCAUCUCUUCAGGCUAAAGAAAUGGACCUCAGCGUUGUCCGGCUCAUGUUCACAGCGUUCCUCCCCGACAGUGAUGGAGGUUUCUCUAGACGACUCGAGCCUGUCGUGUCUGAACCGAUCUACGACAGCAAGGCUCCGAACGCCUCCAACCUGAAGAUCGUGAGGAUGGAUCGAACCGCCGGCUGUGUGAGCGGAGGAGAGGAGGUCUACCUGCUCUGUGACAAAGUCCAGAAAGAUGAUAUCCAGGUUCGGUUCUAUGAAGAAGACGACUCGGGGUUGACCUGGGAGGCUCUGGGAGAUUUCUCCCCGACAGACGUCCAUAGACAGUUCGCCAUCGUGUUCAAGACUCCGAAGUAUCGAGACCAGAACCUGCAGAAGCCCACGUCUGUGUUUGUCCAGCUGAAGAGGAAGUCUGACAACGAGACCAGCGAGCCCAAACCCUUCACCUACCACCCUCAGAUCAUAGACAAGGAGGAGGUGCAGAGGAAGAGACAGAAGACGUUGCCAAACUUCCAGGACUUCAGCGGUCACGGAGGAGGUGGAGGUCUUUACCGAGGAGGAGGUGGAGGUCCCGCUGCAGGAGGAGGACCCGGCUCUGGGGGAGGAGGAGGUUACUUUCAGGGCUUUACUACCUACAACUAUGGGGGAGGAGGAGGAGUAGGAGGAGGUGGAGGUUUCUCCACAGGAUACUCAGCUGGUCUGGCAGGAGGAGGCAUCAAACAUGCCUCUGAGGGUGGCGCAGCAGACGACAGCAGCGACGACAGUGAUCCAGAUGAUGAUUCGGGGUCGGGGGUCGUGCUGAGAGCUUCAGCCCUGAAGGGAAACCUCGAGGCAGGGGAGAGGACUGAGGAGGAGCCAGAGCCACACAGAGAUGAGCGGUUGGUUCAGGUGACCAGCAGACAGUUGGAGGCUCUGUUUCAGUACUCAGUCACAGGAGACUCAGCGUACCUGCUGGCUGCACAGCGCCCCCUGAUGACCGCGCAGGACGAGGACGGAGACACUGGGCUCCAUCUGGCAGUUCUCCACAGCCAGAAGGAGGCGCUGAAGAGUCUCACUCAGGUUGUCUUUGCUCUGCCUGGAGAGGAGGUGCUCAACAUGAGGAACCACCUCUACCAGACUCCUUUGCACCUGGCUGUGAUCACCCAGCAAAGGGAGGCGGUGGAGGCGCUGCUGUUGGCCGGCGCCGACCCAACUCUGACAGAUCGUCAUGGCAACACAGUGCUCCACCUGGCAUCUCAGCUGGAAGGAGGAGGAGGAGGAGGAGGAGGAGGGAUGGUCCAGUUUCUAGUGAAGCACAGAGAGCUGAGAGAGCUGCUGGAACACACCAACACAGCAGGUCUGUGUGCGAUCCACCUGGCAGUCCUGGCCAAUCAGCUGUCUUCUCUCAGGGAGCUGCUGGAGGGCGGGGCCAACGUGGAGGCUCAGGAGCGCAGCUGUGGACGGACCGCCCUCCACCUCGCCACCGAGGCCGAGAAUGUGUCGCUGGCCGGCUGCCUGCUGCUGGAGGGUAACGCCAAGGUGGACUCCCUUACCUUUAAUGGCUCCACCCCCCUCCACAUCGCUGCAGGGCGGGGCUCCAUCAAACUGACAGCUCUCCUGAUGGCUGCAGGUGCAGACCCUAAGAAGGAGAACUUUGAGCCUCUGUUCUUCAAGGAAGAGGACUCCUGUGAUGAAGAGAGGGAGGAUGAGGAUGAAGAUGAAGGCUACAUCCCAGGAACCACUCCGCUCAACAUGGCAGCCACCACUCAGGUGUUGGAGCUUCUGAAUGGUAAAGAGUAUGAACCAAAGUCUCCACACAGAUCCUUCGUCCCUCCUCCAGGCGACCUGGUGAGCCUGGAUGUGGAGGUGAAGCAGCAGGUGUGUUGCGCGCUGGAGAGUGAAGGAUGCUGGGAGAAUCUGGCUCACAGUCUGGGUCUCGGGAUCCUUAACACAGCCUUCAGGCUGAGCCCCUCCCCCGCCAAAACACUGCUGGACAGCUACGAGGUGUCAGGUGGGACGAUCAGGGACCUGUUGGCUGGUCUGAGGGCAGUCGGAGACUGUAAAGCUCUGAGCGUCCUGGAGGAGGCGCUGCACAACAACGACGAUGAGGAACAGAUGACCAAUGAGAUGAGCGGUGAUUCUCGGGUUCACGAUCUGAAGGCGGACGUUCGGAUCGACAGCGGGGUCUGUGACAGCGGGGUGGAGCUCUCCACAGCGUGACCGUCCCAUUGGUCCGUCCCCAGUUGGGUUCACCCAUCCAUUCACUCAUUCAUCCAUCCAUCCAUCCAUCCAGUGAUUGAUUCAUUGAUCGAUCGCUCCGGGCUGAGCUGAGUUCAGAGGAAACAGUUUCUCAUCACAAACAUUUUAUUUGUUUUUAAUUAAACGUGUUAUUUUUAACCUGAUGAGACAGAAAAGAUGUUUGUAAAGUACAUAUUAGUUAGUAAGGUUUCAGCCCACACUACACUCCAAUAGCUCCACCAAAGAAUGUAAAUCUGCUUCUUGUUCCUCUCUGAACAAAGAAGAAAUCACUGUGGGUUUGAAGGAAUCAUUCACUCGGAAAAACAAAACAAAAAGCAAGCAGAGUCCGUCAGAUAUCACGUGGUAGGGAAAAGUAUUGAUUUGAUCGACUGUAUAAUAUUUGGAAUCAUGUUCUGUUGGCUGCUGAGUGGACAGAUCUGACAGAGUGAAAGUGGACGGCUGAUUCUCAGCAGCAAAAGUCUUCUGAGCUGUGGUUUGUUUUUUCUGCAGCAGGUAUCGUCUGUCUGCAGGGGGAAAGGUGCUAUUGAUACUGAAAUGAUUGUAAAGAAAUUUGCCCGAAACGGUCGGUUCAGAUUGUUGCAAAUCUGUUUUAAUGCAACGCUCAAAUGUUCAUAUGGAGAGUUGUUGGUGUUUCUAAUGGUUCCUCCGGUUCAGACUGGCUGUGAAGAGAUCUCUUUAAACAUGACUCCACUGCAGGAGAUGGUUCAUGAAAUCUACAGUUCAGAUGUAGUUAAUCUGAGUUCACUGAGUGUGAAAACAGCUCUUUGUUAAGCAUUCAGUCGUCUGUGUGGACAUGUUUUAAAUCUGAUUCAGACGUCCAGUUUGAGUUAAAUAUCUGUAACUGUGAGGGUUUAUCAAAAACCAAAAACAGGAUUUUACAACUCUUCUCUUGUGAUAAUCAGGAGGGAAACUGCUGCAAAAUAGUGUUUAUGUUGCAGAUGAAUUUACCCAGAGUCUGCGCUCACGUCCGGCCUUGUAAUGAAUGAGAGGGCUGUUUUAUUUCCUACAGGGACUUAAACCGAUCUAACCUGACUCACAGGAUGUAGAUUGCUGGUAUAAGCCUGCUAUUGGCUGCCUAUUUUAGAAUUCUCCUCCCUUUUGCUAUCUGUCAACACAAUUUUGCAACAGCACCGUCAGUGCAUCCUGAUUUUAGUGCCACCCAAGACCCUUGUGAUUGGUUUAACCCUUUGAAACGUGAACAAAUUGGCUUGAUUUCUUUCAAAAACGUGGGAAGAAGGCAACGAGCAAUGAAUGAAGAAAUCACCCAAAAAAUGUGGAUGAAAUUAGUAAAAAAAAAGAAUAAUUUAAAACAAGAAUAUUAUUUAAAAAUAAAUAAACAAAAAAAGUAAAAUACAAACAAACAAGGAAAAUUUUAGUAAUUCUGUGACAUAAUUUUAGAUAUGUAAUAAUAAUUAUUAUAUACUUUUUCCCUUGCUUUUUUCUUAUUUUUUUUUUUAGAAAAAGACCUUUCUAAAUCUAGGAAUUAUUUGCAAUUUGUGGGACAUUUCUUCCCAAGUUUCUUUUUUAUUCUUUUUCUAACAGUAUUUUUUAUUGAUUUGAACAACAAUAAACAAAGACAUACACACAUCCAGUAUGUGUAUAUAUAUAUAUCCACAAAACACACAAAAGAACAGGACACCAGAACAAAAUCUCAGUGUAACCGUCAAGUAUUUCAAACACAUGUAAUCCACUGCCACCACCUACCCCAAAAGUAUGAAUUUAAAGCUAAAUAAAUAAAAAGAAAAUAAGAUGAAAUAAAAAAUAAUAAUGAAUAAAUGAGAGAGGAAAAUAAAACCAAUUUGCUUUUUGCCUUUCUUCCAUGUUUUUGAAAUAAACUGCACCAAUGAGCUCAGGGUUCAAAGGUUGAAAUACUUGCGAAAGGCGUCUGAAAGCAGCACAAGAAAAGUGAUGUCGCUCCAGGAUUCAAAGGGUUAAAGAAAUGCAAAUAACCCAGUUGUUCGUGACUCUGGGAGUUUGUGCUCCUGGCCAAGAAAUAGCUCAACACAAAAUGGUUAAACAUACAAAUAGACUGUGUUUUUAUCUUUGUAAAUUGCAGUAUAUUUUAUCACAAUACUCAGCAUAUCACAACAUAUUUAAAAUGGCAAUAAUAUUGUAUCGUGACUUAAGUAUCACAAUAAUAUCGUAUCGUGGAUCCUCUGGUGAUUCCCACCCCGAGUGUGUAACGACACUGUUACAGUAACCUGUGGAUAACCUUCCACGUAAUGCAGCGUAACAACAAAUUUAUUUUCGGUAGCUGUCGACGUAACGUAGCUCUGAUAUGUGUUAAUGUGUGACUGCUUUUGUCUCCCUCCAUGUACGCCAGAUGAAUCAGAUAUGUUUGAAAAACACUGGGCAAGUGUUGCAAGAAGAAAAGUUUUAAAAGUCCUUGAGAGGUCACGUAAAAGUUUUGAAAUUUUGUCAAUGAAAAUGUGGGAACCCUGCUCGAUGCUAAGCUAACCAGCUGCUAGUUGUAGUUAUUUGUGUAUUUCCCAAAACGUCGAACUAUUCCUUUGUUCAAAUUGUACUUAACAUGUUUGCGUUGACGUGUUGACUUGAUAAAUUUGCGAUGAAUGUCCUGGAGGAUCUGUGCACAACACAAAAUAUAUAAAAACACGUCAGUUCAUGGAGUGUCCACUUUAUAAGGAACACCUGUACAGUCUAACACAACUGUUCCACUUUUAUGACGCCUUUAAUAUUCGUUUUCUAUUAACACUGUCAGAAAUGUGUAACUUAAACUAUGUAUUUAUUACUGAGGUCAUAGUUAGAGAUGGUGUUGUAUUGGGCUACAUUAUAUUCAGAGGCGUUUCUGAUAUUCUAAUAUAAUCCAGCACAACAUCAGCUUUAAAGGUGGAGUGCAGAACGUUUGUCUCCCCCCUCUGGCAGGGAGAGUAAUUACACAAACACUGUCGAUGUGUGCCUCUGAUAUAUGCCUAAAACUGAACCUCAUAAAGAGAGAUGUUAUAGAACAACAGUUGUAUUCACUGCAUUAGAUUGUAGAGGUGUUCCUAAUAAAGUGGCCACUGAGUGUUCUGCCUCUGGCGUACUUGUGUCGUAAAGAGAUCCCUUCACAAUCAGUACAAACAGGAGGAAUCAUUACAAACAGCUCAUUACAUAUGAACAUGUGAGUAUUGUGUGAGGACAGACUUUAAAACAUGUGAAAUUGUCCUUUAAGUGUGCAUGUCAAAGAUUUUUUUUAAUUCUGUUUAGUGUUUUUUAAUUUUAAGGGCCAUUUAUUUUCUGUCCGUGUGUCACCAUUGAAACUUUUCAUAAAAACAAAAAACUCAAUGAACUUGUUUUAAAAAAAUGUUUUUAAUGUCUCCUCAGUCUGUUGUGUCUUCCUCUGGUAACAUACGACUCAUAUAUUUUAGCACAAAGACUGGCAGCAGUCCAGAGCUGUGAGGUGUUGUAGUCUUUUCUCGGUGUGAAACCAAAGCUCUUCUCUGAUAUUUAUAUCUUCGCCCUGCACUGUACAGUUCAACACCAGCUUUUCAUUGGUUGUUAUUUUUUAAAUAAAGUUGUUUUUUAUAUAUAAAA